UUACAUUGAACAUAUGGGAACACCGCCAUGGGCACUCCGGAAUUAAAAAUAAUAUUGGAGUUUAGUGCAGGAGCAGAGCUACUUUUUGGCAACAUCAAGCGCCGUGAGCUAGCCCUUGAUGGCAAUCAGAAAUGGACAAUUGCCAACUUUAAAUGGAUGCAUGCCAACAUCCUAACAGAACGACCGGAACUCUUUCUUCAAGGAGACACGGUGCGGCCUGGAAUUUUGGUUUUAAUAAAUGACACAGACUGGGAAUGCUAGUGAGUGAGCUUUUGAAGAUUACUAGGUGAACUGGACUACGAACUGCAGCCAAGAGACAAUAUACUGUUUAUAUCUACCUUGCAUGGCGGUUAACUCAUUUUCCCCAGAGUACAACUAGGCAAAACUUAUUUUUAUAUGAAAACUCAUUAAAUUGUAAAUGAA